UCUGACUUAUUUGGGCUUUCGUAUUCUCAAAUGACGUAUCAUUAUUGAAUAUAAUCUGAUGCAGUCACGUAAAAAUUAAAUAUUAUUAGUAGUUUUGGACUGAGAACACGUGACUAACGUUACAACAAAUAUUUGAUAAAAUAUACAUCAGAGACACUUUGUUACGUAACUGUUGCAAUUAAGCCUUUUGUCGUCAUAAUAGCUUUUCGCCAUAAUUUUGAUUGCAAUUACGUAGGCUUUUAGGUCUCAUGACAGGAAUAUAGGAGAUCGAUUGACGAGAUGUGUGAAACUUGCAAUUUGACGCGGAUGCUACCAAGUGCUGAAACUAGGGUGGUAAUAAAUCUUUAUUUACUAUUUUCAGCUGUAGAAUUGAUUUCAUUGCACCCGGAAACGUAAUAUGAUUCUAGUUUAGUAUAACUAUUCACCACAAGAUAUGAUUUCGGAACUUCUUGUUGGAUCUAGUCGAAUAUGGGUAGCUAUUUUGGCGUUAUACACGUGUGCCAUGGUUUAUGGUCUGAUGUCUCUCAAUGGCGACACCAGUUCACGUGCAGGACAAGUCUCAACAGGACUAGAAAACGUCAAAACGGAAUCUGUAAAGGACCGACUGCUAUAUGAUUAUGAUCCUUUUCUAUCGUCAUCUGAGAACGUGGAUCCAGAAUUAUCCAUUAAAGCAUUAGAACACUUACCUAGUGAUUUUCCAUUAUCUGGCGGUUUAGCUAAACCCAAGCCUUUUUUAAAAGCGGGCAAUGCAAAAAAGAAUGCCACAGUAGUUAUAGGCAUUCCCAGUAUCAAGAGACAAGGCAAUGAUUAUUUAAUAUCAACUAUCGAGUCAUUAUUGAGGCAUUUGACUCCAGAACAAAAAAAGGAAACAGUUUUUAUGAUAUUUCUUGGAGAAAGCGAUACUUCCUAUCUCGACGAUAGAGUGCAAGAAUUACAAAAGAGAUUUCCAGAUGAAUCCAUGAGCGGCAGUUUGGAGAUAAUCAGUCCCCCAAAAAGUUUGUAUCCAGACUGGAGUAAAACUGUACGCUCCAGUUUUGGGGACACAUUAGAAAGAACAAAGUGGAGGUCAAAACAAAACUUGGAUCAAAUUUUUUUAAUGAUGUAUAUUUAUCACUUAAAUCCAAAAUACUAUUUAAUGAUGGAAGAUGACGUCAUGGCAUCUAGAGAGUACAUGACUAAGUUAUUGAAAGCAAUAGAAUCUAAGAAAAACAGACCGUGGAUAUAUCUAUCAUUUUGCGGGCUGGGUGCCAUUGGAAAACUUUUUCGACGGAGAACAUUACCACUGUACGCUUCCUUCAUUCACUCUUUCUGGAACGCCAAACCUCUCGAUUGGCUUCAGGUUGAUUUUGCGAGGUCGCGAAUAUGCAGUUAUGACGAAACUGAAAAAACUUGUUUUAAAAGAUUGAAAAGCGUAACACCGGAGGCUCAGCCCUCCUUAUUUCAACAUAUUGGAAAAGUUUCUUCAUUACCAGGGAAAAUUCAAAAACUCAGAGAUGGGAGAUUUCGGCAAUGAUGAGGCAAUUUUCAGUGCCGUUUUACUACUCAAUCGAAAGAUGUUGACCAGAAGAGUCAGAAUGCGCGUAUUGCCUGAACAAUACACAAACACUGUAAAACUUUUACGAAUUAUGCCCACCGGGUCCAUUUUGUUACGAAUAUGUUUAAAGUUUUAUAUGGAUGUGGCAUUAAA